GGAAUCGGGAACGGCGGAUUUUAGAUUGCCAUGGCACAGACAGGUCGGAAUCGUUGUAUUUAUUUAUUUAGUCCAGUGUUUCUCGUCGGUAGAAUGGACAAGGACCUAAGAUAUUGCAGUCGUACACGGUGAACGAGUUACUUUUAUUCGGUUUAUGCAGAAUAUAGUUCUGCAAAGAGGCGUGUAAACACUGCUCCCUAACUUUGUUGUGGCGAGGGCAAUAGCGGCAGGAGAACAGGAACUGCAUUGUCCAGAGAAGGAGCCGUAGCCAUGGAAGAUUUCGGAGCAGCGCUGGAGAAAAAUGCCGCGGAACUUACGGUCAUGGACGUGUACGACAUCGCGGCAGUGGUGGGGCAAGAAUUCGAGCGGAUUAUCGAUCAGUACGGCUGCGAAGCGCUGGCGCGGCUAAUGCCGAAAGUUGUCCGAGUUCUGGAGAUCCUGGAGGUGCUCGUCAGCCGGAAUAACAUCAGCCCGGAGACCGAGGAGCUGCGCCUGGAGCUCGACCGGCUGCGUCUGGAGCGGAUCGACCGGCUGGAGAAAGAAAAGAAACACCAAAAGGAGCUGGAGCUGGUGGAGGACGUGUGGAGGGGAGAGGCUCAGGACCUGCUGUCUCAGAUCGCCCAGCUGCAGGAGGAGAACAAGAGCCUGCUGACCAACCUGUCCCUGCAGGACUGCCCCACCCUGGAGGAGGAGCUGCAGAAACAGGAGGGUGUGUCGGAGAGGGAGCGGCAGGUGAUGAACAAGCUGAAGGAGGUGGUGGACAGACAGCGGGACGAGAUCCGGGCCAAAGACCGCGAGCUGGCGCUCCGCAGCGAGGACGUCGAGGCGCUGCAGCAGCAGCAGGCCCGGCUGAUGAAGAUGAACCAGGACCUGCGGCACAGGAAGGCGACCCUGGAGGCCCAGGGCAAGGCUCUGAUCCAGCAGCGCGUGGAGCUGGAGGCCCAGGCGCAGGCCCGGCAGCAGGAGCUGGGCCAGCUGCAGAGGGAGGUGGCCCAGCUGAGGGAGCGUCUGCAGGGGGAGGGCCGCCCCGACGGGGAAGAGCCGCCGCUGGCCACGCCCCCGGGCAGCACAGCCACGCCCCCGAGCUCCAUCUGGGCGGAGUGCGGUGGGGGCAGGGCGGGGGGGCUGGCGGAGUGCUUUGGGGCGGGGUUUUCCCUCCCCCCCGGCCCGGAGGACGGGGGUCUCGUGGAGGAAGAGGAGGAGGGGAGAGGUGAUGAGGAAGAGCAGGAGGAGGUCGUGUUGCGGCAGGGGGAGCCAGAGGAGGACCCUGGGGAGGACAGCGGCGCCUCUGACCUGAAGGACCCCAGCAGGCCACGCUUCACCCUGCAGGAGCUCCGGGACGUCCUGCACGAGAGGAACGAGCUCAAGGCCAAAGUCUUCAUGCUGCAGGAGGAGAUCACCUACUACAGGAGUGAGGAGGAGCUGGAGGAGGAGGAGGGGCCUGCUCCCUCCCUCCCCGCCCCCGCCCCGCGGCCCAACGUCCAACCAGAGUCCGGGAUCAAACGCCUGUUUAGCUUCUUCUCCCGGGACAAACAGCGCGGCUCGCAGAGAGGCAUGAGAUUGGAGGGGAUGGGCGUGGCGAGAGUUUGGGACAGGAAGGAGGACGUGUACACAGAACAGGCUCAAGAGGCACUGCAGCACCUAUAACCCUGGAGACUAGCAUAAACAAACACACACAUACACGCGCGCGCGCAAGCACGCACACACACAUACAUACAUACACACACAUACACAUGCACACGUACGCACACACACACACACACACACACACACAUACAUACACACAAACACACACACACACGCACACACACACACACACACACACACACACACAGAUCCCCUUCCAAUCCCCCCUGCACCUUAGACUUGCAUCACUAACAGCUUGUUCAGCUACAAGGACAUCUCAACCUGAGAGAGGGACAGUGCACUGCCACACCACCAGGGGGUGUUGGUGUGCACUGGAGUUUUCUGCAGUGCCGUUCCAUCAGGGAUGAUGACUGAUUUUCAGAUUGCCUGGAGCGUGGAGGAAGGUGUCAUACUGAACAUGGGCGUUGUGGGAAAGCUCUCCCUACCCAGUGUAUAUUCAAAUACUGAUGUAGGAAUGCAAACUCACAAAGAAGAAGGCACCGGCUCCCACCUGAUUGGCCGGGAUUGCAGCAGUGAGCCAGCAUUCUGGAGCAGGGGCAGCAGUGCAUUGUGGGUGUGUUUAAGGUCUCAGGGAGACGCUUGAAGGCCUGGGCGGAAGAACAGCUCGGGGGACCGCGGCCAAAAACAGGCGUGCGUCAGUCCGUCCCCACCCUGACUCAGAACGCCCGGCGAUAAACUCCGCUAAAUAACACUGCUGCCCCAGAGAGGAACAUGACCCCGCCGGAGCAGAACGAAGGGAUGGUGUGAGAAUUAGAGGAACGGUGAGGAAGAGAGCUGAGGAGCGGUGGAAUAGCACGAGCUGAAGGAAGGCUGCCUUGGAAAACCUUACAGAAUUACACACAGAGCAUUUUGCAUAGUCAAAUUGAACACAGUCUCCUUUCUGUAUUUAUAUGUGGUGUAAAAUGAACAGUAUGAAAUACCCCAGUGUUUCUGUCCAGUCUCUGUGAUGCUGUGUCUUAGUGUUCCUUCACCCCCCCACUGUCUGGACUCAGUGCCCCGUUUACUGACGGCGUACCUUUCAUCCAGGUGACAGGUGUGUGUGUGUGUGUGUGGUGUUUCAGCCUGUGAACCUGUCUCAAAGGCAAAGCUCUUUAACCACAGCGUAAUGUGCCCCAUGUGGUUAUCUGUUCAGACCCACAAAGACCCAUCCCCCCUCAUCUUCAUUACCAUGGAAUUUUCCCCAAAAAGACUUUCACUGGAAGACAUGAUUUGUGUGUGCCCGUCUUUACAUGACAGUCGAAUGCUAGGAGGGUUCAGGGUAAUUAUUUAUUGUGACAUUGGUCAAUGGUCAAAGUCUUCAAAUUUAUUUGGCUUGUUUAUCAUUCGGAAGUUUUAAACUGACAUUGUAGCAAUGAGAUGGAACCCAGUGUAGUUAGUCCCACCGUGGAUUAUUUAUUUAAAAAAUGCCUGGUUAAAUUUUAGGCACCUCGCUGUGAUGCGUUUCAGGAAUGGUAAAUGGUAAAUGGUUGGCAUUUAUAUAGCGCCUUUAUCCAAAGCGCUGUACAAUUGAUGCUUCUCAUUCACCCAUUCAUACACACACACACACACACACCAACGGCGAUUGGCUGCCAUGCAAGGCACCGACCAGCUCGUCAGGAGCAUUUAGGGGUUAGGUGUCUUGCUCAGGGACACUUCGACACAGCCCGUGCAGGGGAUUGAACCAGCAACCCUCCGACUGCCAGACGACUGCUCUUACUGCCUGAGCCAUGUCGCCCGGGAGAGAGCUCUGUGUGUGUGUGUGACUGUGUGUGUGAGUGUGUGUGUGUGCGUGCGUGCGUGUAUGGGUGUGUGUGUGUGUGUGUGUGUGUGCGUGCGUGCGUGCGUGCGUGCGUGCGUGCGUGCGUGCGUGCGUGCGUGCGUGCGUGCGUGUGUGUGUGUGUGUGUGUGAGUGUGUGUGUGUGUGUGUGUGAGUGUGUGUGUGUGAGUGUGACUGUGUGUGUGUGUGUGUGUGUGUGUGUGUGAGAAAGUUGUGUCCUUAAAGGAGUCUGCCAAUAAAUAAUUGAUUAUGAACUCUGUCUGAAAGGAUGGGAUGGCAACAAUUCAGUGAUGUAAGAGGGUGGAAGAGUUUGGCUUUGAUGUGUGUAACUAAAAGGCCCAAUGAAGGCCUCGUUAGCUCCAGAGAAAGGGACUCCAGUAUUUACAGACAGGAUCUUGUCUUGCAGGCAGUGCAAUAUUAAGGGGAAAUCUUUUUUUCUGUUUUUCUAAACCCAGCCUGGCUUUAUUUUAGAUGCAUGUGUCAUAUACAUUAAUAUCCGGAGAGCCUGACAUCCCAGUUCAUGUGUAGCAGUGAGAUCAGGUUAAUGUGAUGGUGAAGAAGUAUUGGGAGGUUGUUGUGAUUUACGGUUGCCACCAGAUUUUUCCACACCUGGGGACGAGAAUUUUACAGUGUAUUAUUUACAUAACUGACCAUACAAUGUGUAUACCCUUCCUGUGCCAUCCUUAAGUGCUUCAGCUUAACAUCAAUGUGGACAUUUUUCAUAUGAUUUCAAGUUUUAGCAGCUUGUUCUGUGAAUUGUGCCUUCGAUUUUUUUUAUUCUUCUGAAUAAUGACAGUAUUGCUGCCUCAAUAAAAGUACU